AUGGGUACACCCUACAACGAAGAGUCAUCACCAUCAAUCCUUGUACUAUACAGUUCGGAUAACGACUCUCCAGACAAGUUCUUCCCAGCAGAUCCACGCCUGAUCCAAGCUCAUUGGGAUUCUCAGGCUGAGCCACGUCAGCCACCAACUCCUCCAGCAUCUCCAGUUUCUGGAAUCGCCACACCAUCAUCUGCAAUAACUGCUGAGUUGUGGGAGAUGGAGCGGUCACUAACCCCAUUGCCGACAAGAGACAGUCCAAUGCCAGAAAUUCAGGACCGCGGAAAUCAACAACAUUGCAACAUCCUCACAACAAAAAACCAACCUCAAGUUGAUCAAAUUUCCAACGGAGGGCACAUGAAAUCAUCGAUAUCCUUUCAAUACAAAGACACUCCAGAAUACUCUUUAUACCGCAAAUGGUUUGACGAUGAUGAAUUGGAAUUUUACCUGGAAGGCAUGGAAUCCUGGACCCGCAGAAAGAAGCGUGUGCAGUAUGAAUAUGAUGAUGAAGAGAAAGAGAUUGAUGAGACUCCGUGUUGCUUCCUCUGUCCAACAAGCAGAGAGAAUGUUGGUUUGAUGAGAAAGGUCGUCAGAUUCUUCACAGUGACUCGAAAACCUAAGAAGUUUCGCAGGCUUUACUCGUUCCUUCGUCGCUUCCGUCAUUUCACUCCUCAAUUUGGACCAUAAUUUGAAACGUUUACCUAAAAGGACAAAAAUAGGUUUAUGACUUCACUAAAAAAUUGAAGCUUUAGUUAAUUUUUUCAAAAAGUGCAAAACUGUGAAUUUUUGGUUUUAGGUACGAAAAAUUAAGUUACCGUACUUUUCCUAUUAAUAUAACGGACCCAUGAUAGUUUUUAACUCGGUUGUUUGGUGAAAAUCAAUCAACUAUGAAAAUGUUUUUUUUUUAAUUUUAAUUUCAUACUCAAAUUUAUGUUCAAAAAGUUUUAAAACCAGUGUUAACCAUUAGGAACUGUAGACAAAAAGUGUUAUAAGACUAAUAGAAAAAAUACGGUAACUAAAGUCAUGAUCUUAUCUUUGCCGUCCUCGUCCUGCAUUUUUUUAAAUAUUUUUUUUUCAAUUUCAUUCAUUUUUAUGACAUCUCAAGCACAAUGACGACACCGUUUUCAUGGGUUUGGUGCCUUAUUGGCAGUAUUAUUUUUACGUAGUAUACAAUUGUUGGAAAAAAUUUUGGUACUUACACGUUUUCAUUUUUCAAAGUACAUUCAAUGUGCGGUAACAUGUUUUUAUUGUUUUAAAUAUUCAGAAUCUCGGCCAUUGUAAAAAGUGAAU